AUGUGCACAACUACAACACUUCUCUGCGUGAAGGACUACGCACGUUUCUUUGGCUGUCGCGUCCUAACCAUGGAUCCUGGUUGGAGUAACAUAGAGUUUGCGCUUGAGCCUGAGCCUCGUCCACUCUCCACUCUCCCUUCUCGAGAAGAACUUACUACCUGGCUGAUACGUGUUCUCCUGACCACAAUGUUUCCUCCUGCGUUCGCUAAUCCUAUGCAACAAAUACUCCGCGUCCGUUACCCCAGCAACGUAGUCGCCUUCAUCACUCUAUUCCUGCGUCUCUACGAAUCGGCUAUCCACCACAUUGGCUCUCAGAGUAUCUGCAAACGAUUCUUUCCGACUCACUUGUGA